GUCGGGAGUCGGCUCUGAAAUGGGUCGGUUCGGUACCGCGUGGAUCGGCGUAGUGUGCGGCUAAAUGUGAUUUUUAGCUUGUAAAACAACCCAUAAUUCUCUUAGAUCAACCACGUGGUACAAGAGAAGCUUUCCUGGUACAGCAAAACAAAACCUGCGCAUGCGCUGCGCAUGCGUAGUGAAAGCCUGACAGGAGCACUGGGAACGUGGUUCGUGAGUCGGUGCUCAUGACCGGAUUAACGCCAGAAACAGCACCAAAAUACACAGCGUUUUCGCUUAAAACAAUGUUUUCGUAAUGGAUACGAAUUUGACGAACAUGCGAACUGACUCCCGAGAAUAUCAGAAUGGACACAAGGACAUGGAUCCAGGGAGCAAUGACAACGAGCCACUCCUCCAACAGAACAAAAAGCGAUUUGUCAUCUUUCCCAUUCAGUAUCCAGACAUGUGGAAGAUGUACAAACAAGCCCAGGCCUCAUUCUGGACAGUUGAAGAGGUGGAUUUAUCCAAAGAUCUGGCCCACUGGGAAAGACUGAAGCCUGAAGAGCAACACUUUAUAUCCUACGUCUUGGCUUUCUUUGCAGCGAGUGAUGGCAUUGUAAAUGAGAACUUGGUGCAGAGGUUCAGUCAGGAGGUGCAGGUUCCAGAGGCUCGCUCUUUCUAUGGCUUCCAGAUCCUCAUUGAGAACGUGCACUCAGAGAUGUACAGCUUGCUCAUUAACACAUACAUCAGGGAUCUAAAGGAGAGAGACUAUUUAUUUAAUGCCAUUGAAACCUUGCCUUGUGUGAAAAGAAAAGCGGACUGGGCUCUGCAGUGGAUCUCUGACACAAACGCUACCUUUGGGGAAAGAUUAGUAGCAUUUGCAGCGGUUGAAGGAAUCUUUUUCUCAGGAUCAUUUGCUGCCAUCUUCUGGCUAAAGAAGAGAGGUUUGAUGCCUGGACUCACCUACUCCAAUGAGCUCAUCAGCAGAGAUGAGGGUUUGCACUGUAAUUUUGCCUGCCUUAUGUACAGCCACUUGGUGAAAAAGCCAUCAGCCGACAAAGUGAAGGAUAUUAUCACUGAAGCGGUUAGCAUUGAACAGGAGUUUCUGACUGAGGCUUUACCAGUCGACCUCAUUGGGAUUAACAGUGUUUUGAUGAACCAGUACAUCAUGUUUGUGGCUGACCGGUUGUUAAUGGACUUAGGAUUACCUAAAGUAUAUGAGGCAGAAAACCCAUUCGAUUUCAUGGAGUUCAUCUCAUUGGAAGGGAAAACCAACUUCUUUGAGAAGCGUGUGGCUGAGUACCAACGGUUCGGUGUGAUGUCAAAUACCAUGGACUCUGAAUUCACUCUCGAUGCAGAUUUUUAAAGCUUCAUACUGUUAAGAGUAAAUUGUUUCUACCUCCUUGAGGAAAAUAAAAGUAUUAUAUAGAUUAUGCUCCACUGUUACAAGCAAACUUAAUACAUUUGUGACCAUAUUGUUUUGUUUACUUUCUGGAUUCUAGACUGUUUUUAUUUAAUUUUAGUUUCUAAACUGAUGAAAAAAAUGUGUUUAUGAACAAUUGAUUAAAUCAUAAAAGCUGCAGUCUUCAUAUUUA